AUGAGUUGAAGCACCAAACUUGAAUUCUGACAUUAGUAGGCCUUGCUACAUGUUCAUUUCCCCAGCAUUACAAAAUAUGAGGUUCCUCACGAAUCUGUCCGUCCCCUCUUUCUUCUUCUUCCUGCUAAUUGGCUGCUCGACUCUCGCUCAGGCAGCUAGGUUUGACAUCACCAACAACUGCCCCUACACCGUGUGGGCCGCCGCCGUUCCGGGUGGCGGGAGGCAGCUCGACCGUGGGCAGACGUGGCCCCUCGAUGUCGCCGCCGGCACGACGGAAGCGAGGAUCUGGGCCCGCACCAACUGCCGCUUCGACGGGUCCGGGAGGGGCAGCUGCGAGACCGGCGACUGCGGCGGGCUCCUCCAGUGCCAGGCCUAUGGCGUGUCCCCGAACACGCUGGCCGAGUUCGCCCUGAACCAGUACAUGAACAUGGACUUCAUCGACAUGUCCCUCAUCGAGGGGUUCAACGUCCCGAUGGAGUUCAGCUCGACCUCCGGUGGGUGCAACCGGGUGAUCAAGUGCACGGCCGACAUCAUAGGGCAGUGCCCAGCUGCACUGAAGGUCACGGGCGGGUGCAACGGGCCGUGCCCGAUUUUCAAGACGGACCAGUAUUGUUGCAAUUCCGGCAGUUGUGGGCCGACUGAUUAUUCCAGGUACUUCAAAGAUAGGUGUCCGGAUGCUUAUAGUUACCCCAAGGAUGAUGCUACCAGUGUUUUCACCUGCCCCGGAGGGACAAAUUAUAAGGUUGUCUUCUGUCCUUGAAGACAUAUGACUAAUAAGAACUUCAUCCUUACACGAUGAGCGAAGUUCCAAGACAAAUAAAACCCGUUAUGUACCUUGUAACAGAUGCAUAA